UUUUGACUGGCCUCUGCCUACGACACAGUUAAAACUGCUUUGCCUUGCAGUUACACCUCCACACCGACAGGGGGCAGGGCCGCCGGGGGGCGCCGCCGCUCUCCAUCUCCUGCUUCCUCUGGUGGUGAGCGAAAAGGAGGGGGCUUUUCCUGCUCGAGCGAGCCAACCGGAACCAACACAUCGGCCAUCGAGGAGGAGAAGUUGAAGACAUCGGAGCUCAAGGCGGCGGGUCCGAAAGAAGACGAGCCCGUAUCGUCAGAAUAUCGCUCCCGGCCGGGUUCGUGCUGCUUCAUGCUCCGUCUCGGCGGAGACGUCUGAUUCCGUCGGCGUGUGUCGCGAGGUGUCGGCCACCGAGAGGAAUAUGACAUCUUUAUCAUGGAGGUCCAUGUUUGGCAGCUGUCUCUGUGUGCCUGUGGUGUGACAGCCCGGCCAGUGCAUUCCUCCAUGUAAUAAGUUGCUUGUUCAGAGCCCAGGUCUCUGCACUGGACUACUGGCUGGCCGGGCCCCGGCAGAGUCCCACACAAAGAGGCUCUGUUUGAGUCGGGCACCCAGGCCCCCCUGGGAGGAGGUCCGGCCUCACUUUGAAUCAGAUGCACAUUCAGUGCCACGACAGCAAGGAGCACACCUUUUUUUUUGUUGAAAAAGCGGGUUUCAUCACAGAUGUGCUUGAGUUGGCAGAUUCACUAAAGCUGCAUGUGGGUGUUGGUAAUGCAGCCCAACUCAUUUUUCCCAGCUAGUUUAACAGGUUGUGGUUGUUUUGUGAUCUCCCAGACUGUCAAUAAGAAAAUAUGGUAAUAGUAGUAUUACAUACUUUGUUUGCGUACUACAUACGUACGUACAGGGAGUUGCAGCCCCUGGAAUGGAGUUGGGCUGGAAAGUGAUUAUAGACAGACGGACGAACAGACCUACUUCGCUCUAUAGUUGGAUUGUAAAAUGUCUUUCCUGGGCUGCACCUUCGGGUUUGCCUGCCUCCAAAUCAGUUUUGUAGCAACAGCAAGAGACAAAGUUAUAAUGACUUUAAAGGAAUUUGCUUGGUUAAACUUUUUUUUUUUAAACAACCGGAAAACAUGGUUCAGUUGUUUUUUUGUUUUUUUAAAGGGGGGAAAAAGUGUUCAAAACGUAAAUAUUGAAUAAUAAUCACAUGUUCAGAAAGCUACAGUCCUUAGUUUGAUAAUGUACUGAAUUUUACAAGUUCCUUUUGUUUUUUCUUGCUUGAUGUUAGUUCUUCAUAUCAGAUGCACUGUUUUGGACUGCAGAGAUCUUUAUUUAGAGUUAUUAAUGUUGUAUAGUACAACUGUGGUAUUUUAAUAAUUGUCCAUGUAUUUUUUUUUAUUUAACUAAUUGAUCAUCUUAACGAUAUUUUUCUGAGAUUAAAUAACUCUGAGUUUGUUUACAAUGUGGCCUGAUGUACCUCCUUGUCUUACCCUGUAGGUUUUGCCGUGCAUUGCUGAUGCUUCUCAUCCCUUCCAUCGUGGCGGCCGAGGAGUCGUCACUGCUGGAAGGCUGGCACGAUGUUUGGCCCCUUCGAUUCCUUGUCAACAUUCUGGGAUACUCCACCAUCAUCAUCCCGGGAUACUUCCUCAUUAGCUACUUCAAGCGCACCAAUUACUUAGAAACAGGUAGUGGGAUUUGUUUCCCUGUCAUAAAGGCCUGCGUGUUUGGCAGUGAGGCCAAAACAGGUCUGGUGGAUGACUUGCCAAUUGCACCCAGGAACGAGGGGGAUUCAGCCUCGUCAGUCAGACAGGUCAUCAAAUUAGUCUUUUGUGCUGCCGGACUGCAGGCAUCGUACCUGACAUGGGGAGUCCUGCAAGAGAGGGUGAUGACGCGUUCCUACGGAGCCACGACUCCAGAAGACGAAGGCGAGAAAUUCGAGGACUCUCAGUUCUUGGUCUUCAUGAACCGCAUCCUGGCUCUGACCGUGUCGGGCCUGUGGUGCCUCCUUUUCAAGCAGCCUCGCCACGGAGCCCCCAUGUACAAGUACUCCUUCGCCUCGCUCUCCAACAUCAUGAGCAGCUGGUGCCAGUAUGAGGCCCUCAAGUACAUAAGCUUCCCCACCCAACUCCUGGCCAAGGCCUCCAAGGUCAUCCCCGUCAUGCUCAUGGGUAAGGUCGUGUCCCACAAGAGCUACGAAUACUGGGAGUACUUUACCGCCGUGCUGAUCUCAGUGGGGGUCAGCAUGUUCCUCCUGUCCAGCACGCCCAGCAAGCACCCGUCCACCGUCACCACCUUCAGCGGGGUCGUCAUCCUCAUCGGCUACAUCGUCUUCGACAGCUUCACUUCCAACUGGCAGGACAACCUGUUCAAGUACAAGAUGUCGUCCGUGCAGAUGAUGUUCGGGGUGAAUCUGUUCUCCUGCCUCUUCACCGUCGGCUCGCUGCUGGAGCAGGGUGCGUUCUUUGACUCGCUGGCGUUCAUGUCGCGCCACUCCGAGUUCGCCUUCCACGCCGUGCUGCUGUCCGUGUGCUCGGCGUGCGGCCAGCUCUUCAUCUUCUACACCAUUAGCCAGUUUGGCGCCGCGGUCUUCACCAUCAUUAUGACCCUGCGACAGGCCAUCGCCAUCCUCCUCUCUUGUUUCCUCUACGGUCACGCCGUUACCAUCGUUGGUGGAUUUGGUGUCGGGGUGGUCUUCUUGGCACUUUUCUUACGAGUGUAUGCACGGAACCGCAUGAAGGCCGGUCGGCGGCCUGCAGCACCAGUCGGACAGAAGGUGUAACACUCUGGAGUCGUGCCGGGCUGGGAACUGAGACCACGUUUUCUGUGGUGCUUUUUGUCUAUUUGUGUCUAUCUAUCGGGUUUGUUUUUUACUCUUUUCCAUUGGUUGUUAUUCUUCUUGGCAAUGGUACAGAAAGGGAUUUAGAAGUUUUGACACUUACACCAAGAUGCCCCCAAGGGGUCCAUGUGAUUUGUCAAGUCAGCAGUCACAGAAGUUUUGAGUGCCUGUAAGAUUGUCUUAUACACGAGUCCCAGACCAUAAACUUUGCAAACUGCCUCUUCACCAAUUUCACACUCAAACAGUAGAAUAUUCUUUCCUAAACCACCCUACGUGGCUUGUGCAGCCAAAUGAAAAAUUGAGAAUGUAGGCCUUACUUUUCAAACAUUAGUGAGUAAAAGGACUCGUGUGUGGGAUUUAGGGAGAUCUACUGGUCCGAUCAUCAAUAUUAUGUUUUAGAAUCAUCUAAAACUAAGAUUUUUUUGUUUGCUGAGAAUGAGCCAUUCGUAUAAAUAUAGGGAGUGGAUGAAAUACUUCUCCUCUUACCGCCCUCCAUGUUGCUUCAGGAGCCCAGAACAGAUUAAACUAAUCACUCUUGUUACGUCAGAAGUGGCAGCUGGAUUUUGAUCUUCACUAGAUUCCACUAAAUCCUACACACGGGUAAUUUUUUUCACUUCAUCCCAAAUAUUUGAACAAGACUUUUACCAUCAAAACGAUGAAACUUUCUAUUUGUUGAGUUAUCUUCCAGCUACAAUAGCCAGAUGCUUAUCUCAGUCCUCCAUGUUGGAGAGCAGGGGUCCUCAUGUGGGAUUUUUAUCUUGUAAAGCUGUAAACAUGGCCUGAAAAUAUGGUGCACACAUUAAUGUUUAAUUUAAGGUACUGUAACAUGUUCCAGAGGCUACCAUCUGUACUAGAGGGUGGUAAACACGAGUUUGCGUAAUAAAUAUCGACUUGUUACAAUUUGUAUAGUUUUACUCCAACAUCAGUGAACCAAAUGCUGCUGUGGGUACUUUUUGCACAGCGUUAUUUUAAGCCAAACUGACGCCGUCAACACAGAUUCUACUUAAUAUUUUAACUUUGGGCUCAAAAAAAAAGCCAUGUAAAUAUAUCUCUUAAUCAUUGUUUAUUUCCAACUUGUCUGUUGUGUACUUUUGUAAAAGGACUGCUUCAUGGGUUUUCACCGUCACAUGUGAAUGUUUGGAAGAACAUUGAAUGGAUAGUGAUGAAGAUGAUGAUCAUUGCCGUCAAGGAUGUGAAGAUCAGGUUGGCCCAGGGGGGAGUUUGCCGAACAGAAUGCAUACAAGGGAAGCGCAAUCUUACUGGUACCUUGGUUUUAUUAUUCUAUUUCCUCUGGUAACUGGAUUAAUAAUAAAACAUAUUAAAUUAACUUAA